AACAAGUAUUAAAAGUGACGUUUCGUAAUUUGACUUUUAACGUUAACUGUGAAAGUUUAACUUUCUAUCACAACAGUUACUUUAAAUUGUUACGUCUUAUUUAAGUAUCACUUCAAUUUUUAAAUUAAAUACUAGAUUAUUGGGGAAAAAUGUCAAUCAAGAAUAAAGUUGUCUUGAUUACCGGCGCGGGUUCCGGUAUAGGGAUGGGUAUAGCUAUACGUUUUGCAAAAUCGUGUGCCAAACUAUCUCUCAUAGAUAUAAACUCUGAUAAACUUGAUAAUGUUGCACUAAAAUGUGAAUAUGAGAGUAAAGAGAGAGUAUUAAAAAUCGUUACCGAUAUUUCUGUUAGAGAUAACAUAAAAAAUGUUGUCAAUACUACAUUACGUGAGUAUGGUAGAAUAGACGUCGUUGUGAAUUGUGCUGGAACCUCAGGCAAUGGAUUCAUAACAAGUGAAGAAUUAUUAAAUGAUUUGGACAUAGUUCUUAAUAUUAAUCUUAAGUCUGUUAUAGCUUUAACACAUUACGCGGCAAAUGCAUUAAUAGAAAGCAAAGGGGGUGUUAUCAAUAUUGCCAGUAUGCUGGCAUAUUUUGUAGGGAAAGGAGCAAUUCCUUACAUUGUGGCUAAAGCAGGUGUAUUACAUUUCACAAAAUGUGCAGCUUUGGAACUAGCCGAAAAAGGUGUUAGGGUGAAUUCUAUAUCACCUGGGCCGGUUAAGACUAAUAUAUUAUUAAAUAUCAUUCAGAAUCAGGAAAAAAGUGAUGAAUUCUGGGAUAAUCUAGGGAAACAGACUCCAUUAGGGCGCUUAGUAAAAGCUGAAGAAAUAGCUGAAUUGGCUGUAUAUUUAGCAAGCAAUAAAGCAAUGAGUAUUACUGGCAGUGAUUUUCUCAUUGAUGCUGGGUCGACAUUAAGUAAAUUAUAACUAUAGUAAUGACUAACAUUACUCAUGUUAGAAUUUACACUUUUUAUAUUAUAUAAAGUUUACUUUAAUAAAUUAUUGUCUAGACUGGUGCUCUUAAAGUAUGACAAAUAUAAUAAAUAAUUAGGUGCUAUUUUUAUAAAUAAACUAUAUGUAAAGCAAAGUAAAUGGGUAAUUUUGAUAAUAAAUAGUCUAUAAUGUGCUAUUUGUGAAAUUAAUUAUUUUUAUAUCUUUAUUAUAUUUAAGUAUAAAUAGACAUUGCAAAUGUAAAUGAGAUUAAAAUUGAUUUCUAAUAGGUGAAUAAAAAUGGUUUCUACGA